AUUCUUUUUUUUAUUUCCUAACUAAUGUAUGUAAUAUUCCAUUCAUUACUCAUUAUUUUACUGAGCAUGUGCAAUUCAAAUUCCUGAUGAGAUAUAUUUCUUUAAUACUGACUAAACACAACCAUAUUGAAAUAAUUACAACCACAAUGAUUAGCCUUCUUGUGAAAAAGUAUUCUGGUUUGAAUUACAUUUCACAAUUACUGCUACGAUCACAAACUGUUUUUUCCUUUCAGUAUUGUGGAUAUGUUCAUGACGUAAAAUUAAACGUUACUAAUGGUCCUAUUGAAGCUUUGAAAGAAAAGAUAACUAAAAAAGAAUUAAUGAAUGAUGAACAUCAAUUAAAAGUAGUAAAAAGUUUGCAAAAAAUAUACGAAGAAGUUCAUGAGUAUAAACCAGAUCAGUUUAAUGUAUUAGGAAAAUGGUUUGGAUGGAAAAAAAAGGAUCCACCAAAAGGGUUGUAUCUUUAUGGUGCUGUUGGUGGUGGUAAAACAAUGUUAAUGGAUCUUUUUUAUAAUUGUUGUCAGAUUGAAAAUAAGAAACGUGUACAUUUUAAUUCCUUCAUGCUUGAUGUGCAUAAGAAAGUUCACGAGGUAAAGAAGACUAUAGUGAGAGAUACUAAUAGUACUAAACUUCAACCGUUUGAUCCAAUACCACCAGUAGCCGCUGCUAUUACAGAAGAAGCUUGGUUAUUAUGCUUUGAUGAAUUUCAGGUGACAGACAUUGCGGAUGCAAUGAUAUUGAAACGAUUAUUUACUGAAUUGUUCAAUAACGGUGUGAUUGUUAUUGCAACAAGCAAUAGAUCGCCCGAUGACUUGUACAAAAAUGGAUUACAAAGAGGAAAUUUUGUACCUUUUAUAAAAGUCUUAAAAGACCACUGUUUCGUCGAAACAUUAGAUUCUGGUGUUGACUACAGGUCGAGGGCUGGGUCUGGAGAUAAUAAAAUAUAUUUUAUAAAAGGGAAAGAUGUUGUAAAAGAUGUCGAUAAUGUUUUCAAAUAUCUAUGCUCAAAAGAGAAUGAUAUCGUAAGACCACGCACAAUUUCUAUAAAAGGUCGUAAUGUAAAUUUUCAAAGGACUUGUGGUAGAGUCCUGGAUUCAACAUUUGACGAAUUAUGCGAUAGGCCUCUUGGUGCUAGCGAUUACUUAGAACUAAGUCAGGCUUUUCAUACAGUCAUAAUAAGAGAUGUUCCACAACUAAAUCUUCGAUUAAAAUCUCAAGCAAGAAGAUUUAUUACUUUGAUUGAUACCUUAUAUGAUAGUAAGAUAAGAGUCGUGAUAUCUGCUGCAGUACCACACACACAAUUAUUUGUAGCAGAAGGUGAGAGUGAAUACACAGAUGAUAAACGAAUGUUAAUGGAUGAUUUGAAGAUUUCAAAUGAUUCUGCUGAUCACAAGUCUAACAUUUUUACUGGCGAAGAAGAACUUUUUGCUUUUGAUCGUACUAUAUCCCGAUUAUCCGAAAUGCAAACAUCUCAAUACUGGGAACGAUGGGAACAACAUAGAUAAUGAUAAUGUCACUUUAGUACAAAUUAUUUUAGUAGUAUUUUGUAGUAUUUUAUUGAAGCUAAUUAUGGUUCAAAUUGUUUCAAUGAUUCAUAUUCUUUAUAUUGAGUGACUUAAUGGUACCUGGUUUCUUAAAUAUUGUUUUAAAAAAUUCAAGUAGAUUAUUUAUUAAUUUAUAUAUUAUUUAUUCUUAAUUUACGAUAAUAUAUUUAUGUAUAUAUAUGUGUAACUAAACGUUACUGAGGUUGUUAAAAGGAAUGUACAAAUGCGAUUCUUUUUUAUUGAGAGUUGUUUUUGGAUGAACCAAUUUGGAAUAGAAAUUGUUUUAUGUCUUUCAUUGUAUUUGAUUGUUUAUUUUUAAUGUUCAGAAAAUAAUGAAUGAAAUAGACUUCUUAUACUAUUUAAAGAAGACACGAGAAAUAUUUGGUUACUCACCGAUGAUCGUAAUGACCUUAUUUUGACAAACCACCCGCCUUCUUUCACGACCUUGUCAGUGAUUGUCGAACUGAAAGUAGUCCCUUUAUUAGUGUUAUAUUACUACGCAAGACAGACAAUGCUUAUUGGUUCCUUCAAACGCGGUAAUAAGUAAAUCAUAAAUAUAAUGGAAAUAUUUUUUAUAAAUUGUAAAACAAGAUAAAUAAUUUAUACAUAUGUAUAUAUGUAUUGAAUUACAUAACGUUUUUAAAUUA